CGUCUGCAUGCACUGCACAUAAGACGUAUCAUAUCAUAUGGCAUUGGCAUCUCUAUGCAUCCAUUUCAAAUUCAAACCAACUCCACCGCUCCUCCCAAGUCCCAACCAUCGAAAUUUAAUCCUGUUUGUUUUUGAGGUUCUGAUAUGUAAUUCUUGCUCGUAGGUCAGAAUUCAAUAUAACUUCCUACACACGCUAUGAGCACUUCUACUAUGCUAUAUAGUAUUGGUACUUUAAUGUACAACUUAAAGUUGUACCAUAACAUUAAAUGUAUAAGUUUAGGUUGUACCAUAAAACAAUUUGUACCAUUAUGUUAUGGUACAACUUUACAACUUGAAGUUGUACCAUCACAUAAAAGUACAAGUUCGAGUUGUACCAUAAAAGAAUUUGUACAAAAAGUAUAGGUACAAUCUGAAGUUUUAUCAUAACGUAAAUGUACAAUUUUAAGUUGUACCAUAAAAACAAAAUCCUAUAGCACCAAUACUAUAUAGCAUUGUAAAAUUUCUCCACACGCUAUAUAUAUGGUAGGUAGUUCGUAAAUCACGGCCUUCGGAUGAGAAUCCGUAUUUGGGGAUUGAGCCCACGAAACAAAGGAGCGGGCCCAUGGCCCAUAAGGUACCCUUAGUGCGAGGUUCAAUAUUCCAGUCUGGGCGGCCGAUCCGUGUGACGUAAAUUUCGGAAAUUUAGUUAACUCACAAGACUUGUAAGCUAGCUCGACUAGAUGAUUUAUUGAUUAACUUGUGUACUAGCUUGUUUUGGGCCCAUAUUUUACCUCGAAUAAUGUCUGGUGAAUCAGAUAGGCUAGCACCUUACGAGGUUGCUCGUUUGAAAACUUCUUCGAUUUAUUACCCACAAACAUUCGUCGAGUGAUCAUAAUUAAAAUUCACGUCAGUUGAAAUUUUAUAAAUAAUGAUAUCCUAAUUCACUCGCGCUUUUUCUCACCGAUUUUGAGUAAGAAAUUAUCAGUGUUUAAUAAAUUGUAUUGUAUCGACGGUCCAACUAGAAAAUCCGCCUACCAAAGUCUAAGUUGGUACCACUCACUUUUCCAGUAAUAUUUUACUAUUCUUAAAGUAUUUAACCAAAUCAAAUUAGUAAAAUUUAAUUUAUUCGUUGACUAAUUUGCAGAGUCAUGUAAUACAUAUAGUUUAUUCAGUAACUUGCAUUCACGGAAUGUGAAUCAAAACUAUCCUUGUCGAUUAGUUGUAAGAAGAUUAGUAAACCAUUGUAAUGAUAACUAAUCUCAAUCAAAAUGUUAUCAUUAUGGAGAUUAUGAAUAUUAUAUACCAAACGUAAAAAAUUCAGUUUGAAAGUCAACUGACCAAAAGUCUUGUGGCUGCUGCAUGAUUUGCAUCAAACAAAAAGCCAUCACUCCUCUCCGCAAAUUUUCCCAUCCACAAGGUUCCCCUGCUUCGUCCCCUGAAACAAACAAUGAAGCAAACCCAUAACUCUGUUUUCCUCUCCUUUCUCCUACUCACGAUCUCACUCCACUUGCCAUCCCAAGCAAAUGCUUCACGCAGCAGCAACAUCACAGACCGACAGGCCUUGCUUGAAUUCAAGCAAGCAGUCACUUACGACCCAGAUGGAGCUCUCACCUCCUGGAACAGCUCCCUCCAUUUCUGCAACUGGGCUGGCGUCACCUGCAGCCCAAAACAGAGAGUCACUUCUCUGAUCCUCCAAGGAUACAACCUCCAAGGCACCCUCUCCCCACAUUUAGGCAACCUGAGCUUCGUCAGGUCCAUCCAACUCAUGUACAACAGCUUCCGCGGCGGGAUCCCGCCGCAAUUCGGCAACCUCCGCCGCCUCCGGACGCUCAAUCUCACCUACAACCCACUCGGAGGCGCGAUCCCGACGAACCUGACGCGCUGCUCCCUGCUCAGGGACCUCAGGAUCGCCGCCGCGGGCCUCGUCGGUAAAAUCCCCGACGAAAUCGGGCUGCUGUCGAAUCUAGAGGUGAUCAAAAUUGGAACCAACGAUCUGACCGGCCCGAUCCCGGAUUCUAUAGGGAAUCUGUCGAGGCUUCAGAUCUUCAGUGUUGCGUAUAACCACCUGGAGGGACAAAUUCCUGACACCGUGGCUCGGCUCUCCAGCAUUAGCCAAUUCGUUGUGGGAGUAAACCGACUCAACGGUACAAUCCCUCUUUCUCUGUACAAUUUGUCUUCCAUGACGAUCUUGACAUUGGUUUACAAUCAAUUCGGAGGCCGAAUUCCGCACGACAUUGGGUUUACUCUCCCCAAUCUUGUUUUCUACGGGAACUCCUUGAAUUGGAUGUUCGGCCCCAUUCCUUCAUCAUUUUGCAACGCGUCCAAGCUGAGGGAUAUGAACAUGAAUCGGAACAGCUUGUCAGGAAGGGUUCCUGAUUGUCUGGGGAGCCUCCCGAAUCUCGUCUACUUCAAUGCGGCGGCGAACAAUCUUGGAACUAAUUCCUCCGGCGAUUUGGAGUUCAUCACAGGGUUGAGCAAUUGCAGCAUGUUGCAGGAAUUGGGUGUCGGGAUGAACAAUCUUGGUGGGUCGUUGCCCGAUUCUGUGGCGAAUCUGUCAGCUCGGCUUGAUCAAUUCGACGUUUCGAUGAACCUGAUCCGCGAAGAGAUUCCUCGAGGGAUGGAGAAUCUGAUCGGCUUGAAUAAGUUCGAUCUGUCUGAAAACUCUUUCACAGGGCGCAUCCCUUCUUAUUUUGGCGGGUUUCAGAAUUUACAGGGUCUGUGGAUGCAGGGGAACCAAUUGUCCGGUGAGAUCCCGUCGUCGUUGGGAAACUUGAGCCAAUUGAAUAGACUCGACAUUUCUGAUAACAGGCUCGAAGGCGUUGUUCCUCUGAGCCUCGGGAGCUGCCGUCAGCUUAACCUACUGGAUGUUUCUGCCAACAAGCUCACCGGAAACUUACCGGUGGAGAUUUUCCGGCUUUCUUCACUCUCGAUUGGGUUAAACCUUUCUCGAAACGAGUUCAUUGGCAGCAUCCCAAAUGAAAUCGGGAAUCUAACAAAUGUGGAAGUUUUGGAUUUAUCGCACAAUUUCCUGACAGGUGAAAUUCCUGAAACGAUUGGCAAUUUCAAGAGCUUGAAAACCCUGUAUUUGCAGCAGAACUCUUUGAGUGGGAGUGUUCCUCAGGCAUUAGCUUCACUCAAAGCCAUGGAACGUUUGGAUCUUUCCCUGAACAAUUUCAGCGGAGGAAUUCCUCCUGGAUUGCAAGAUGUUCAGACUAUGAAGUAUUUGAAUCUUUCGUUCAAUAAUCUGCGCGGUGAGGUCCCAACGAAAGGGAUAUUUGCAAAUGUGAGUGGAACAUUUCUGAUGGGCAACCCCAUGCUCUGUAAUGGCGUCUCGGAGCUCCAUUUUCCAUAUUGCCCGACGAAAGCAAGGUCCAGGCAGAAAAGAGCUGCCACUGUAAAACUGAUAAUGAUCAUUGUCUUGGUAUCGACGUUUUCCUUCAUUUCUAUAUUAGGGUUGCUGCUUCACUACAAGUCUAGGAGAUCGAAGAAGAAGGCUUGUGACGAAGAUUCUGCUUUAAGCCACUUUGUCAGGAUUUCUUACAAAGAUCUCUGCAAAGCAACCAAUGGGUUCUCUGCUGAGAAUUUGAUCGGGUCCGGUGGAUUUGGCACCAUCUACAAAGGAGUACUCGAACAAAUCGAGACUCCAGUAGCAAUCAAAGUACUCAAAAUUCAGGAUAAGAGAGCUCAUAAAAGCUUACUCGCCGAGUGCAAUGCACUGAAGAAUAUUCGACACAGGAAUCUGGUCAGGAUCCUAACCUACUGCUCUAGCUUGGAUCGUCAAGGCAAUGAUUUCAAGGCUCUGAUCUUUGAGCUUAUGCCCAAUGGGAGUCUAGAAGAAUGGUUGCACUCUGAUCGCAACCUGAGCUUAACCCGAAGGCUUAACAUCGCGGUAGAUGUGGCAUCCGGACUACACUAUCUUCACGAUCUUUGCGAGAACACAAUCGUUCAUUGUGACUUGAAGCCUAGCAAUGUACUUCUGGAUGUGGACAUGGUUGCUCGUGUGGGGGAUUUCGGUUUGGCGAAGAUCUUGUCAACAGGUACUGCUGGUAGCUCAUCCCAAAGGAAAAGCAGCACCAUCGGAAUUAAAGGAACGAUCGGUUAUGCUCCUCCAGAGUAUGGAAUGGGAGUUGCGCUCUCAGAAGAUGGGGAUGUAUAUAGCUAUGGCAUACUCUUACUAGAGAUGUUCACGGGGAGAAGACCUACGAAUGAGAUGUUCAAAGAGGGUGUAAAUAUUUGCGAUUUUGUGAAAGCAGCUCUUCCUGAUGCGAUAUUAUCAAUACUCGACCCCUCGAUGUUUGUCCCAUUACUUGGACCAAGAAAUAGAGGAGUGGUAGGAAGAAAUGCAAUGGAAGUCGGUACUCAUGGGCUUGAAAUCGAAGGGAUGACACUGACAGAAAGUGCAAGAGACUGUUUGGUUUCGGUACUUGAAAUCGCCGUGAGUUGCUCGACAGAGCUGCCAAGAGAGCGAAUGAAGAUGGCUGAUGUUGUCAGAAAGCUUACUUCUAUACGUGAUGUCUUUGUAGCAUCAACUUCUAUCCGAAGGCAACCUAAUCCAGAACGAGGUUGACUUCAAUGACCACUGUAGCAUAUAAACCUAUCAUUACUUGUUCCUUUGCUCCUCAGUCACUUUAACAUGGUUGUCCAUUUAUUGCCAUAAAAUGUCAUUUUCAUCGCUAGUUCGACAUUUGGUCAUCUAUCGUAUGUGGUUAUGUACUUCUUUGGCUAAGAAAUCCAUAUCUGAGUAAUAAUACAAAGAAGACAAAUUAAUAUGAUCCCAACACAAAAACAUCCUCCUAAGAAUCUCGUAAAAGCAUGUAAAUUCAAGGCAUCAAGUUCUUCAUCAUCAAAUGAAAGUUAAAACCAUUU